CAUUAUAUGUACGUACUGUCGGAAUAUAAAGUAAAGUGUUAUAGAAGGAGUACACAUAUUUAGACGCAAAUCAACUAACAUAGAUAAUGGCUCAGGAUAACACUCCAGUUGGAAGGAUAUUCGAGGAAAUAGGAAUAAGCCAUAUCAAAGGAGAACAGACAAUUCUAUAUGAUGCACUCGGAGAGCCUUUCCCAGUAAAUGAGAUCGAUGGCUUUUACUACCCACAAAUCAUCAGACCCGAUCUACAUGAAGUGAUGAAAACUGUGAACAUCAGAGAUGGCGAUAUUAUAAUUUGCUCAUACCCUCGAUCAGGUCAACACUGGAUAUGGAACAUCAUUUACAGAUUGACUCACGGGAUGGAAGAGGCACCUAGUGGUUACGAAGAGUUCUGUAUGCCGGAAUUAGUAGGUCAAGAACUCGAUAAGGUUCCAUCACCUAGGGUACUACGAACUCAUCAGCUCCCAGAUACUCUACCUAAAGAUAUAUGGAGAAAGUCUUGCAAGGUCAUAAAUAUCGUUCGCCAUCCUAAGGAUGUGGCAUGUAGUUUUUUCAUACACCAUAAAACCUGGGAACCAUAUGGGUACGAUGGAACUUGGGAGGGAUAUUUACCCAUGUUUCUUAAAGGAGAAGUUGCAUGGAAUGGAUUGUUCAAACAUAUAUUAGCCUACACCAAGAAAGCUGAAGAAACAGAAGUUAUGUUAAUCACGUUUGAAGAAUGUAAAAAGGAUACCUUAGGGGUAAUAAAGAAAUUAGCCAAAUACAUAGGCCAUGAAAGGAGCGAAGAUGAUUACAAACAAUUGAUAGAAGACACGCGUAUCGAAUCGAUUCAGUCGAGAAACAGAGAAUACGAUGCUUAUUCAAGAGGUGGUCAGGGAAACGAUGUUAUGUACAGACAAGGUAAAAUCGGAGAUUGGAAGAAUAAAUUUACUGUGUCACAAAACGAGAUGUUCAAUAAAGUUUACAAGGAGAAAAUGAAGGGCACGUCAUAUGUGUAUGACAACAUUCUAGACUCUUAA